AUGGGUCGAAGUCGAUCGAGAGGCGUGGGUUACACUGGAGGCAUGGCCAUUGGCCACGGCGUCUGCAAUACGCAACCCCCUGCGGGCUCGGGAGAUCCACCAUUCCUAGUUCCUGGUCAUAGCUACUGGUAUGCUUGGCCCGUGGUGUCGAUGGCAGGCAGGGCAAGGCAGGGCACGCCUGUCAGGUUGAUCAUAGCUCUAUGUCUGAUCUUGAAACAGACGCCACGGGGAGCUCGCGUGCUAGGACUAAAAGUCUAUAACCGAGUAUUUGAAAUGGUCGGCGUUCCUGGAAAAUACAAGGGAUGCAAUACUUGUCGAGCUAGACGAGUCGCAUGCGACAACGGAAGACCGUUCUGCAAGAAGUGCACGGACUACGGUCGCGAAUGCGGCGGAUACGAAAGGGAGACGGUAUUCAUCGUCGGCACCCCAGACGAUAAAGGGAGAUGUUCGUCUCAUCCGCCGCGGAACCAGCAAGGCAGUAAGAAAGCUAAAAUUAGCGAGGCUCGACAAGCAGAGAAGCUACAUUUCGUAGCUACCGAGCCGUGGCAGCCGGCAUGGAUGGAUGUGGUAUCGUUGUCGUCCGCCGCUGGAUCACAUCGCGUCCGAUUUUUCGCUCUUCAGACAGACCUCAGCUCUGCGAUUAGGCCCGAAAGUGGAUCUCCACGAAGGAACGAAGUGACAUUGUCUUUGGGUGGACCUCGCGUUCCAGAUGCCAAUCUAACCUUCCGCCACGAACCCUUCAGCAUGAAAGCCCGUUGUCUCAUCUAUCUACCACCGAAGAGUAAUAGCAGGCAAGCCGCUAACGGUAACUCGGAGGGGCUUUGCCUAUUUUUAUACGAGCAAAAUUCGUCGGCUGUUUAUAGCAACGAGCCGCCAUGGAAAGACCCUGCCGCCCUACACGAUCGAAUUCGCGAGCCGGGCCCCGGGGCAUAUCAAUCUUUCCCUGAGCAUCAUUUCUUCGCUAGAGUUUAUCGACCAAACGCCAUCUGGGCCGCGUUACUGAACCGCCAGCCCACAUUCCUCUGCUCGCCGGAAUGGACAGUCGUGCCCUGGGAGCGCCACCCGAGGACACCGCUUGACGAUCUCCUCGAUAUAGUUGUCCUUUUGCCCUCUAUAUUCUCGCGAGCGGACCGCAUAACACCAAUGGAGGCGAGCGCUUCUCGCCGUUUGAAAGCAAAGGACCUUCUAAUCAGCUGUAUCAAUAUCGAGAGGCAAUUUGAUAUCUGGUAUAGCGUGGUGCACCAGAGGGUUGACGAGCAGGGAUCCCCGCUCUACUGGGUGGCAGACGCGACAGCUAGCGGUGCUCAAAUGCCCUUUUUGGAUGCGUUCAGCUUCCCAUCGCCGUUGAUGGGAUUGGUCCACGUUUGCUACUGGGCCGUUCUCGUCAGCUUCCACCAAUGUAUAUGUGCGCUCUUAGACACCUUUUUCGAAUCCGGAAGCGAAGAUCCCUCGGUCCUGGGCGUGUGUGAGAUACCGCUUGGUGUGGAUAUUAGGAAGUACCAGCCAGGUCAGACGAGGAUGAUCGCGGCAAACUUGUGCCGAAGCUUAGACUUUACCCUCCAAACUACAGGACAACCGGACCUUUUGGCCGCGCCGUUCUUUGUAGUGAGCGAGUUUUACAACAGCAUCGCGUGCUUUGGAGAAGGCGGCAUGGAACGUCAGUGGUGCGCAGGUUUCAGAGGGAGACUAGACGCGAAAAGUCGCGAAGCCAGUUCAUGGCUCGAAGAGAGGAAAUGGAUUGAAACCAGGCAAUUUGGAUAG